AUGAUUCUUACCUCUAUAGUGCGUGCUAACAACCAUUUUACAUCUAACUCAUUUGGCAACAAAGGUGGCAUUGAUACUUUCGGAGUCGGACCAGAGACAUACAUGAUCAUUAGACUGCGGAGUAUAGGUGCAGCACAUUCGACAUCCAUCUCUGCUGGCAACGGAAUGUGGCGGAUCCACAUCGGAGCACAGUUCCAACAAUAUGUAAUUGUGAUUGCGAAAGUUUCGGGAGAGAUCAAUAAUACGAUCAUAAGUUUGACGUCCUCUGACGAAGCUCUGCAACUCAACAGAGGCAAAUUUCUUCCAACCGUCGACUGUUAUCUUAUUUCGGUGGUUGACCACCCUUUCCGCAAGCGCUCGACAGCAGGUGCCGACAAGACCUUUGUGGCCGAGGAAGCGAAUAAUGUAAACAGGGACACGCUUGUGCCCGAAAAUAUCGAAUUAAAAACAACUCUUGAAACCGAAAGUUCAGAAGAUACCAACGAUUCACCAGUCUUUACAGAGUUUGCCCCUGACUUCGAUACUAUCGAGGAUCAAGCCAACUUUAACAAUGGUGAAUUUGCGUGGCGUGGCACACCUAUCCAAAAUUUGUAUCGGCUGAUCGAAUUGCGUUCGGAUACAAGCACAACUGGGACAGUGGAUAAAGCUAUUAUCCAUCCGCAAGAUUUGGGAAAUUUGUGCAAUGCAUUGGCUCCUGAAAGUUAUCAUUCCAUAGCCGAUAUACGCUUUGAGAAAUUGGGGAAAGAACAUCUCGAUCUUGUUGGAUGCUAUGGGAACCGUAAGCUCAUUUUAAAGCUAUUGUUACAGAGCAACUGCAUCAAUCAGGACAGUUAUGAAAAACUUGUCAAGUCUGAACGAGAUUCCGAUCCGGUACUUGCCGGUACUUCAUUGACAACUGGCCUUUAUCUACUUUUGAUCAAGCCGC